UCAGUCAUUUUGCUUCGCACAUAUUCAAAAGCCCCGAGCGUUCUGGCUAUUGAAAAGGGUCCUUUAGUCGCAAUGCACGCACACAUGUGGCUCGUUUACUCAACUAAGCCAAAUUUGAAGGACGGUAAAAUUGUCAGCUUGAUGGCGAGAAGAUGAAAUGUCGCUAGUCUCAUCUUAGAUUCGAGAAGUAGCCAUCAUGUUCCCUCAAGUCUUUUCGGGUCCUCUGAUUGUUCUGGCCAUCUCAGGCUUGGUCCACCUUCAAAGUGUUCCCACAACAUCACAAAAUGAUUCAUCCUCGUCGAGGCCAACUUCCGGAAUCCUAAUUGUUGGCGGAAAUGGAGGAACAUCCUCGGUGGAGACCAUUCAUCUUGGAACAACAAGCACAGACCAGGGUGAACUUAAUGGUGAUGAUGUAGUCAUUCAAGACUACCCUCUGACCAUUGCGGAUGCCGUCGGGGGGUGGUUGGACAAUCGAGCCGUGAUUUGCGGCGGAUUUUGUCGUCUCAAAAAGAUGUAUUACAAUGACUGCUAUAGCAUGGAUCCCUUGGUUGGAAACUGGUCCCAAUUCGAGGCCAUGCCUGAAGCUAGAGCGGGAGCAGCCGUUGUGGUGAUUGGAAAGAAACUGUUUAUUACUGGCGGAGAAACCGAACCAUUUUUGAUAACCAAAUCAACGGUUGUUUGGAAUGGCAGCACUUGGGAAUCGGGACCAGAUUUGCCCAUGCCUUUGACGGAACAUUGCGCUGUUCAAUUGGAUGAAAAGACAACUCUCAUUGCUGGAGGAAGACAACAAAACAAUAAUGAUCCUCUAUUAUCACGACGAUCUUGGAUCUACGACUGGGCAUCCGAGAAAUGGACCGAAGUGGGACCAAUGAAUUGGCCCCGAAUCGACCAUAGCUGUGCUAUUGUAGCAGAUGAUAAUGGCAUAGAAGUCGGUGCCAUUGGUGGCACGAGUUCUCUAAAUGCUCAACUGACCUCCCCUGAACUACAAAAAAUGGAAACUUUUGAUCUCAAAUCCAAUACCUGGAGCCUGAAAAAUCAACCUCUUCCCGUUAUUCAGGAACGAGUGAUUUGGGGUUCCACUUUAUCUAACCUGGAUGGGAAGCUUAUCCUCAUUGGCGGUCAAGAUCUGUCUGACCGUCGUUUAAAGUCCAUGUUUGAGUAUUCCCGUCAUUUCGGAUUUAAAUGGGUAUCAACCACCAUGUCCACGAGAAGAAGUGGUCACGUGGCCAUUGUCAUGGGUGAACCUUCACCACCCACCAACGAAGGCCAGAAAGCUAACCUAGCCACUCUCCCCGAUUUCAUAUUGGUGGGUGGAGGCCAAAGCGAUUCGGUUCCAUUGGCCGAAAUUCUUUCCUUCAGACCUUCGACUAAAAUGAACGACAACGACGCCGAGAUCACAAAUUUCCCAACCCAAUUACUUGGAGCUACUGGCCAGGAGUUCCAGGGAAAAGCCACCGUUUGUGGUGGUUUGGACCUGGACCAGAAGAUGUUGAGUUCGAAAUGCUUCCAUUGGGACAAUUCCCGUCAGGAAUGGGUGUCUUUAUCCAAUCUGGCCCUAGGGAGAAAAGGAGCUGCGUCAAUUGUGUUUGAGGGCAAACUUUGGGUCUUAGGGGGCGAAAGCCAGUUUCAGAUUGAGCACACCACGGAGAUCCUCGGAGAGGAUGGCCUUUGGAGCUAUGGACCCGAUCUGCCAUUCGGACUUUCGGAUUUGUGUGCUGUGGUGGUGGAUAGUAAAUCUUUUAUGGUCAUUGGAGGCACGCAACGAGAGGUGGAGUCAAACAGCCUUCAAUCCAGACAUGUUUGGUUGUACAAUGCGUCAAGUCCGAGCUCGCCUUGGGAGGAAUUGGCUCCACUUCAAGUGAAGAGGAUGAAUCACGCGUGUGGAACUUUUAUGGCGGACGGGAGGAACAAACGAGUCAUUGUGGCUGGAGGAGACAACCGAGAUCGCACCACUCUUUCCAACGUCAGACAUCCAGAAUGGUUUGAUUUCGAGGCCCAAGAGUGGGUUUUGUCCCAACAAACCAUUGGUGGGAGUCAUGAUCUGGGCUUGAUUGGAGCCGAUAUGGUGGAAAGCGACGGACGGUUAUUUCUUCUUGGUGGAACAGAUCUGAUGGGACGAGUGUUUAGGAACAUCUACGAGUACCAAGAGGAAUUCGGCUUUCACGACGUGGAAGCAAUUUCCAUGGCCCAUGGCCGAUACGACUUUGUGGCCCUGAGUAGGCCGAAGACUUCAUAAUUUCAGCCCACCCUUUAGAUGCAAUUUCUAGUCAAAAUACACACCUCUUGGCUUGUCUUGA